AACCUCCUCUCUCGUAACGGAUUCUUUCUUCUGCUUCAUUUUAUCCCAUUUUAGCAUUUACGGUCCUUCUGUGAGGUUCUCUUCUGUGCAAAGAGUUUUCGGGCGAGAGCAGUCUGUAGCUUUUACGUAUAUAGAAUAGUGCAAUAACCCGGUAAUUACGACAAUGUGGAAGAAAACGAGCUUUAUACUUCUAUGCGUCGCCGUGGUCCUGGCAGCAGGUGAAGAUUCAAUAAGUGCAAAUAAAUCAAAAUUUGUAGAAAAUAAUAAAACUGAAGAAGUUGAACAAAAAGUAGACACCCCACAAGUUAUAACAAUAACUAAAAAAGAUAAUGAGGUGAAACCAAAAUCACCUGUGGAACCGACAAUGCCAACUGAAUCUGCACCAACUACAGUAUCCGAAAGUACUCCAGAGCCAAGUCCUACGACGCCCCCACCCACCAGUGAAUCAACCUUUCCAUCAACGUCUGACGUACCCGUCAGUCCAACUUUAAGUUCAACUACUGCAAGUGAUGCCACGACCAAGGAUUCUAAAACCACUACACCAACGCCCACUACUAGUACGGUAGUGCCUGUAACAACCACUGUAAAGCCACCUACAGGACCUGGAAACUGGUUUGUCAACGGAACCACUGGAUACUGUAUAGUUGUAAAGAUGGCAGUGGAAUUAAACAUCACCUACCCAAUGACAAAUAAAACGGGAAAUGUGGUACUACACCUGCCAAAAGAUAACAAGACUGCAGUUGCCACUGGAAUAUGUGGAGCCAUUGAACAGAAUAUAACUAUUUCCUGGCCAUCCGAUAUUGUCAAUAAUUCAUUGACUCUGCAUUUCAUCCAAAAUGCAACUUCGAAGAAUUACGAUCUUCACUGCAUAAAUGUUACGCUGUCCAGUUCAAACUUCCCGAAUAUAAGUAGCAAUGCAUCAGUUAAUCUGGUUCACCAGAAUUCUCAUUUCUCAGUUGGUGUAGGAAACUCGUAUAGGUGCCUGAGGACCCAACAUUUAAAGUUAACCAAAGUUAACAGCAAUGUAACCCUUGGAUCCUUUGACGUGUCUGAUUUACAGUUCCAAGCUUUCAAAACUGAUAAAUCUUUGAUAUUUGGUUUCGCCGAGGAUUGCAGUUUGGAAACUCCGGACAUCGUCCCGAUAGCAGUUGGCUGUGCAUUGGCAGCUCUAGUGGUGAUAGUGCUGGUGGCAUACCUCGUUGGACGCAGACGCACUCAAGCUCGCGGUUACCUCAGCAUGUAAUCCGGGCUCUAUCCCUCUUCUUUUAUAUCACAUGAAACUAAUAUUCCUUCGGUACGAAUCCUUAAGUUUUCAAACGCGUUACUACAUUUGUGACCGCGUGCGUCGAGAUAUAAAAUCCAGGGUUCGUUAUUUUGUGUGCAUCCGUGCAUACGGAGCUCGGCGUACGCGGCAGUUAAAUUUAUUCGUUCGUAAGAUUCCAGACAUUGCGUUUCCUAUUGAAUAGAAUUUAUUAGAUGUAUUUAGAUGAUGGAGGGAACCGCUACACCUAGAGAGUAAUCGUAAUACUAAGAGACGAGAUGGCCGUGUUUUGAAGAGAGAAAAUGAAAAAGGAGGGAAAAAAAAAGAAAGAAUUGAUCUACUAUCCAUCUAGCGGACUCAUCUGAAACAAAGAGAAUCUCGCUUUUUAAAUCUGGUAUUAACAGUUAUUGUUAUUAGCACUGCACUUCACUUUUUAUACAUCCACUCCGUGCUGUGAAGUACCCGCCUGAGCAUUUCAUUCUCCCAGAACAACGUCCUCCUCGGAGAGAGGGCUUCCCGUCAGGCUUCAUUCUGCGAAAGAAAGUAGGGAAGCACUGGUUAGCUUAAACAGCAAUUAGUAUGUGAUAAUGUAAUUGUAGUGAUUGCCGUUGAUGCUAGUCAGCCUCGAGAGCUGGAAAAAAAUGACGUACCGGUAAUUGCAGUAUAAGCUGACUCCCCCCAUAAACGGGCAUAUUUGUAAACGUGAUUUCAGAUGAGUAGUUGGAUGAGCGAACGCACCCGAGGUGCUUCCGUUUAUAUCUAAUUUGUAUUUUUGUUACAUUCAAUUGCAAUUAUUUCAUUUCGAGACCCGUUUCAGAACACGCGUCUAAUUAUACCACAAAGUGUAUUACUAGAAUACGAAGGAGCGCGGAUGUUUAAAAAAAGAAAACUGGAAACUUCUUCUCCAACACGUCUCAUGAUAUAUAAAUACGUAUAUAUAUCUCGCCCAUUUUUAAUUCGAAUAUUGGAUCCCUUUGAGAGUUAUUAAAUUUAUUUUGCUGUGUAAAACGCGUGCCAUUCAUUAUUAGUAAUGUUUAUGCGUACAAGUGACAGAAUUCUCCGGAAUUCUAGGCACUUCACCUUCAACCACGUCCUUGCGCAAUUUUUUUGUAUACAUGUGACCUUCUGAGGUUUAUAACAUUACAUUACCAAAACUCAAGAGCUUCGUCAUUCAACGACGUAGUAAUGUUAGAAAUUUCGAAAUAAUUCUGCAUGGUUAAAUGGUACUAACGAGGGAGAGAGAAAAUGAGGAAAAAGGGGAAAUUAUUAUUUUUUAUGCUGCUUUAGGAUUAUUCGUCGUGAGACUUCAAUGAAUUAGGUCGAAGUCAGGCCAGGGUAUGUGGAUAUAAAAUUCUUGGGAGAAAAGAAAAACAACUGUACAUAUUAUAAAGUACUACUUUUGGAUUACAUAACUACGUCGUGUUUAAACUGGUGCAUUGACACUCGUUAAUAAAGAUACGUAAAUACUGCAAA